CGCAAGGGCUACCAGCUCUUGGACCCCUAUGUCACCGUCAGCGUGGACCAGGUGCGCGUUGGGCAGACGAGCACCAAGCAGAAGACCAACAAACCUACCUACAAUGAGGAGUUCUCUGCCACGGUUACCGACGGCCAUCAGAUUGAGCUGUCCGUCUUCCACGACACCCCCAUCGGCUACGAUGACUUUGUGGCCAACUGCACCUUGCACUUCCAGGACCUCUUGCGCUCCACGGGCCCCAGCAACAGCUUCGAAGGCUGGGUGGAUUUGGAGCCAGAAGGCAAAGUGUUUGUCGUCAUAACCCUUACAGGCAGCUUCACGGAAGGGACCCUCCCGAGGGAUCGAAUUUUUAAGAACCUCACUCGGAAACGCCAGCGGGCGAUGCGAAGGCGAGUGCACCAGGUGAACGGGCACAAAUUCAUGGCUACCUACCUGCGACAGCCUACGUACUGCUCGCACUGCAGGGAGUUCAUCUGGGGCGUGUUUGGGAAGCAGGGAUACCAGUGCCAAGUAUGCACCUGUGUUGUACACAAGCGCUGCCAUCAUCUAAUUGUUACAGCUUGCACGUGCCAAAACAAUACUAACAAGACCGAUCUCAAGGUGACUGAACAGAGGUUUGGAAUCAACAUUCCUCAUAAGUUCAGCGUCCACAACUACAAAGUCCCGACUUUCUGCGACCACUGCGGUUCCUUGCUCUGGGGAAUCAUGCGACAGGGCCUCCAGUGUAAAAUCUGUAAAAUGAACGUCCACAUCCGAUGCCAAGCAAAUGUUGCACCGAACUGUGGGGUGAACUCAGCAGAGCUUGCUAAAACCUUGGCAUGCAUGGGUCUGCAACCAGGAAGCAUUUCCCCAAAUUCGAAACUGGUUUCAAGAUCUACUUUGAAACAUCAGGGAAAAGGCAGCCUGAAAGAUGGCAACAACGUUAGUGAAAGUUCAGCGAGCAAACUUGGGAUCAAAGACUUAACCUUCCUUCGUGUAUUGGGAAAGGGCAGUUUUGGAAAGGUGAUGCUUGCCAAGAUGAAAGAGAGUGGGCAGCUCUAUGCAGUGAAGGUGUUGAAGAAGGACGUCAUUCUCCAAGAUGACGAUGUUGAAUGCACCAUGACCGAGAAACGCAUCCUUUCCUUAGCAAGGAACCACCCAUUUCUCACCAAGCUCUACUGUUGCUUCCAGACUCCU